GAAAAGCAUGCUCAUCCGCUGAUUUAAGCAAAAAAAUCGCAAUUUUACAAGACUUUCCAGCAAAAAACUCUACAAAAAGUGAUUGAAACCCCAUUUUUCUACAUGUGACACGAGUCGAUGCGGAAAUUCCAUUAGACGAAGCAUUUUACUAUGGGAAAAGUCAAACCGAAGGUCAAUGGAGAGGAAAAGACGGCAUUUGGAGUGACGCGAAAAAUCAAAAAGGAACAAAAACCCCGAAAAAACUGGAAUCACAUUUUCAAGAAGAUUUACGUGAGAAAUGGACAAAAAAUCAGCAUGAAUCGAAGUAAUGGGGAUGUUGCUGAAAGUACAAAACCACCAAAAGAUGACACAAAACCCGACGGGAUCAAGAAAAAACCGCAAGAAAAGGCGCCCGAAACGCCAAUUAUCGAAAAUGGGCCUCUCGGGAAGACGAUACGAAUUAACGGGAAGAAGAUAAUAACUGACCCGAUACCAUCGACAAGCACAGGAAUCACCGCCAACGGUCGGGGGAAACGAAAAUGGGAGGAAAUCCCCAUAAACGGGCGACUUUUAAAGCAUCGCCGAUACGCGGUAAUGCGAAAUGGCAGAAAUUACGAUCCCGAGUCGAGCUUAGAUGGCGACGAGGAUUCGUCGGAUUACGAGUACAUGAUGAACGGCGAGUUUGAUUUGUCGUCUGACGUGCAUUACGAGGACUCGAGCGACGAAAGUGACGAAAAUAGUCGCGAUAUGGCGGAUUUGAUGGCUUUGCAUGGCAUGCCACGCAACGGAAUGGAUGACUCAGACUACGACGAGGAAGAUUAUUGCUCGGAGGAGGAGAGUUUGGACGAAGAAUAUUCCGACGAUGACGAGGAACAAAGUUACGAUUCGGAUGAAAUUGAGUCAGAGUACUUUUCAGACAGCGAGGAGGACAUUUAUGGCUCGUCGGAGGACGAAGACAGCGACGAGGAAGGAGAUCCGAGUGAUUAUCAUCGUUACGAGGGCGAAUCAAGUGACACGGAUUACGAUCCGGGCGACGAAUUUUUGGAAGAUUUGUAUGUGGCACGCGGCACAGCAGUCACCUACACAAAUAAAGAGCUUACGAGUCAACUUCCCUUCACGGAAGACACCGACGAGCCCCAAGUAAUCGACAUUACGGAGAUGCUAGCGAACAGCGACAGUAACGACAGUUGUCCGAAAUUAGUGCCAAUCAAAAAUGGAAUGAAUUCAAGCGGAGAAAGUGAAUCUAGUGAAGAAUCGACGCCAAUUAAUGACAAUCCGAUACUUGUGGACGACCUCACGAGCAGCAGUAAUGAGGAUUCUGUCGUUAGCAUCGCCGAAUCGAGUUCUGACGACGCUGCGGAAGAAGAUCAAAGCAUCCAUGUCGACACCAGAGACGAUUUUUACAUCAGCAACUCGCUGAAUAACAACUCACCGUCGUGCCUUUUGCAUUUAAAGAAGCCCAUUUUCGUGAAUGGCGUCGUAAAUGUCGAACUUCUUGCCGGAAAUGCACAAAUUUUCGGCUAUAAUCUCCCGAAAAACGGCAAAACUGCACAAAUUAUCUCGGCACGCGGCUACAAAUUGAUCAACAUUACUCCUGUGGAGUCGCAAACGUCAGAAAAUCUGAUACAAACAUUGAAUUCGCUCAAAGAUCGUUUCGCCAAAGACGAGCUCGAUACAAUCCGAAGCAAUUUUGAUGGAAAAUCGCAUGCCUUGCUACUUUUAACACGCAGCAAAGUCAAUACCAAGGUGAAAGUUGUGAAAAAAUACACUUCUGGUCGGUAUCUCUUCCCCGAAGCAAUGACAAUCGGACAACGAAACUCCCAUUAUCUCAGUGAAUCGCUCCUAAAUACGAAAAUUUACACAGAAACGACAUGCAAGCGUCCUCUGAAGCUCUUGCCGCAAUGGAAAAACAUCGCAGCGCCCCAAGCUGGCACCCGUACUUUAAUUGUCGGCGGUAAAAACGUCGGAAAAUCCACAUUUGCUGAGUACUUAAUGAACAAAAGUCUCUCCGGCACGAGUGAUGCACAUUCCAAAGUACUCCUGAUCGAUCUGGAUAUCGGUCAACCGAUACUUUUUGUACCGCAAGUCGUUUCUGCGAUCCUCGUUGAUGCUCCAAUACUUGGAAAUGGCGUCUUAAAGACCUGUAACGUUGUUAAAUCCUUCAUUUUCGGCGAUGUUAAUGUCAUGCUGAGUCCCAUCAAGUACAUAAAGUGCGUAAAACAGCUUUUGGAGUACUGCGAAACGGACGAAAGCUUGAAAAAUGUGCCAUGGAUCGUCAAUACAAUGGGCUUCCAGAAGGGUUUGGGCGUCGAAUUGAUGGCAGCGGUCAUUAAAAUGACAAAACCCACGAAAGUUGUACAAAUCCAGCAUGAAAUCGAGAAUUUUAACUUUAGAAAUGUCAUGAAGGCGGAUUUUGUGAACAAUUUUACCUUUAAUAUGUUCAAAGAGGAGAUACAAGACUGCAAAUUUGCCUCAGCUGAUGUCAUGUAUGAAGUUACGGAGCUGCAAUCGGCGAUGAAUGACACAGAACAGGAGAUGCCAUACAAGAAACAAGAGGAUCCGAGUCUGUUACCGGCGGAAAAACGAACUAUUAUGAUGUUGGCUCACUUGACCGACGAAAAUGGCGAGUAUGAAUGGAUCACGGAUGCGACCCCAUAUGCCAUCACAAAUCCGCUGAUUACGAUUGCCAGCAGCGAAAAAAUACCAAAGAAUCGUGAAUUGGAAACGAUUUGCGGGAACAUUGUUUACUUGUGUCAUGCUCCGAACUCCUCUACAUGUGAUAACAAAUCUCAAUUUGAGUGUUUUGGCAUCGGUCUCGUUCGUGCCAUUGACGUCAAACAAAAUGUCGCUUAUGUGCAUCACUCGAUCCCUCGUGCGAAAAUGCGUCAAGCCAACAUGCUCGUACUGGCCAACAUCACGCCCCCGAAGGAUAUUUUCCUGAAACAAAGCAACAAAGUAACAAGUACGCUGCCAAAUCUGUACAAUACCGAAGCCGAGUUCGCUGGUUCGCGCAAAAUUGGGCGCGGAAAUGUGUAAAAAGUCUCUUCCCCCGGAAAAUUUGACUAAUUUUUUAUGAAUAAAAUGAAUGAACCUGAAGUAAUUUAACGUAAAAAUUAAUAAAAUCUCGUUUUUGUGGAUUAUUUUACGUUUA